CCAACUACACGACCCCGAAAAAACUUAAAACACCAACUCAAACAAGCCUGCAACAAUUAAGAUAAGAAAUAUUCAGAGUUCACAUUUUUCAGCUAAAAUGGCUGUCUCCCCUGUAGCUGCUCUCAACUCCAAGCUUUCACUUCCUUCAGGGAAGCAGCAACAGUCCAAAUUUGCUGCCCAAUCAGUGAGAGCAAUACCUAUACGCAUAUUAACUGUGGGGAAGAAUAGGUCGAAAGGAGUGCAGUUGAUAGUUGAUGAGUAUAUGAAGAAGCUCAGGAAUUAUUGUAGUGUUGAUGAUGUUCGAAUAAAAUCUAAUCCCAAAAAUGCGCGUGACGUAGUGGCUCAAAUUGAACAUGAGGACAUUGCUGUUAUGAGCCUCAUCAGGCCUGAUGAAUGGGUUGUAAUGUUGGAUGAGCGUGGUCAUGAUGUUGGAUCUGAGCAGAUGGCUUCUUUAAUCGGAGAGGCUGGAAACAAGGGAGCAUCAAGCUUACUCUUUUGCAUAGGUGGACCUUAUGGACAUGGUAGACAUUUGCGAGAGAGAGCUAACGUAUCAGUCAAACUGUCAUCCUUAGUCUUGAAUCAUGAGAUUGCGUUAGUUGUACUGAUAGAACAACUUUACAGAGGGUGGACCAUUCUUAAAGGACAGAAAUACCAUCACUAGACAUUGAACUAUUUCUUGGAAUUGGAAUGACUUCCAAAUUUCAUUCAACCACCAUCAAAGCAGCUAAACUCAGGUUUGGAAUACCUUUUUGAAGAUGACCUCGUAUAUAGAGGAUGUGCCUAACCACCCUAACGAGGAGGAGGUGGUUGCCAUGGAAUUAGUUGAGGUACUCGCAAGCUAGCCAAACACCACAGUUAUCAAAACAAAAUAAAAAGAGGAGGUGGUGGUUGAAAAAAGUGAGAGGGACCUCAUUCGUAGAUCUUAGAAGUGUUGAGGUCGUGACAUGUGGAUUGCAAAACCAGAUGAUGGUACCUCUCUCGUGAUGGUGUGUCUUGCCACGCCUACUAGUUAAGGUUUGCCUGUUCAAAUCUAACGUUGGAAUGUUGACGAGCUUGGCCCAGACAUAUUGUAUCCACCACAAUGAUCUAAUUCACCAUGCCCUCUUCACCAUUUCCAAUGAAUGGAGUAAGGUUAUGUGUAUUUAUCCUUUUUUGAGUCUUUGGAUACAAAGUUAGACAAAUAUGAUUAGAUAUUUAUUCAUUUGAAACAUUUGCCAAACUAUCUUGUAACACAAAGCUAUCAUUUUUUGAAUGAUAUUUUGUUUCUCCUA